GAUUGCCUUUGCUUCCGGGAAAGACACGUGGAAGCCGGCUUGCUUAGGGUGCUCUCCAAACCCUUUCCCCAGGAGGUAUAGUCCCAGAAAAGUAAACCAGGUAGGUAACUUGAGGAUGGAUGGACAGCUGCUCAGAUGCCCCUGCUCCAACUGGGGCCCAAAUCACAUUCUCCAUAAAGCUCAUGGUGAUGCCGCGAGUGCCAGCCUGAACAAAAAGAAAAGCCGGAAACAUCAGCGUUUCACAAUGCGAAGAGCCUUAGAGCAGAAGGGACACUUGGGAACGAGAUCAAGGGAGAAGACCCUGCAAAGGACCUCUGAUACCUUCAGAACUGAUAGAUCACAGGACACCUUACUGUGGGAGGCCAGCCAUGACAACCUGUUGUUUGAGGAUGGAGCGAAGGUCCAUAUGAACCUGGUCACAACUUGCCCAGUUGUUUCUUUUCCUUCAGUGGGCCCAUCCAAGCAAUCCUCAUCUUCUCAGGACAUCAAGGCUGCCUUCCCUAGGAGCUCGGCAAAGGACACGGGUUCCUCAUUUUGCCUGAAGUUCAUGAAACCUAAGAAGUGUGUGGCUAUUGAUUGUGAAAUGGUAGGCACUGGGCCUGCUGGGAAAAUAAGUGAGUUGGCCCGGUGUACGGUGGUGAACUAUGACGGAGACGUGAUCUAUGACAAAUACAUUCGUCCGGAGCUUCCGGUUGUAGAUUAUAGGACUCGGUGGAGCGGGGUCACCCGACGGCACAUGGAAAAUGCAACUAGUUUCAAGGUGGCCCAGGGUGAGGUCCUACAAAUCAUGAGAGACAAAAUAGUGGUGGGACAUGCCAUCCACAAUGACUUCCGGGCUUUAAAAUAUUUUCAUCCUCAGGCCUGGACACGUGAUACAAGUCGAUGCCCUUUGCUGCUGAAGAAGAUGGGGCUCUCUGUAAAAGCCAGUGUGUCACUUAAGAGCUUGGCUAGUCAGCUGCUAUCCAAAAAGAUACAGGUUAGCAAGAAAGGUCAUUCAUCAGUAGAAGAUGCACAGACAUCAAUGGAGCUCUAUCGGUUGGUGGACAUAGAGUGGGAACAGGAGCUGGCUUCUAGCCUCUCCUCCAGUCCUCCAGACAGUGGCACAGACAGUGAUUGCUACAUGGAUGACCAGUAUUGGCCUGAGGACCUCGAUGUAGACUGCAAGUGAAGGCGUGAAGUACUGAACUUUUGUGAGCCAUCAGCCUAAGCUUCAGGCUUCACACGUCUAACCCUAGUGUAGCUAUUUUGAUAUAUCAUUUGCCAAAUUGCACAACCCAAAGAGCGCAAGGCCAGUUACGACAUGCGCAGCUCAGCAUCCUUUACUUCACUGAAGGACGAAUCCACAGAGCACUACUUUAGAAAAUGGAGAAAUGUAUCUUCAAUAAGAAGAAGCCAUUGCUGGUCACUCAUUUAGAGAAGGCGGCAAUAUAUUUUCUUGGAGAUUUCAAGUGAAUUCACUCCACACGGUUACAAUAAUUUGAUAUGACUCCAGCUGUCAUGGCUCCAUUGUAUAGAAUCCUGGAAACUGGAAUUCAGUGGAGUAUUUAGAAUACCUAAGAAUUCUCUAAAGCUGAGUUUUUAGGAGAGUGGACUUGAACUCUGGCAGAGAAUUUUAAGUAUUUCACUGAACUAUAAAUCACAGAGUGGUAAUGAAGCUGUUGGAACAGUUAAGGUGCUGUCAAACUUUUCAUUUCCACUCAUGGCCUUUUUCUGAAAAUGUAUCUCCAUUUUUCCCUUUUAUCGCAUUAUGAGUUAGUAAAUAGUCACACACAGACAUAGUGAGAUUGCACAACUUUCUGUUAUAUUGGGUACACCUCCUUGAGCAUCAAUUCCCAUUCUUUCUGAGCUUGAAAAAGAUGCUUUUUUGAACUACAGAAGCCUUCAGCUAGCAUGGUCACUGGUUGUGCUUUCUUGGGGGAAUUCAAGAAGUUGUAGUCCAAAAAAUCCAAACCUUUUCAGGGCAUGUGUGUUCUCUACCCUAGAGACCAUGCAUGAAACAUGCACAUGAAAUCUAAUUACAAUAGUAGUUAAAAAAGGAGCUUUAAUGCCUUGAUACAUUCCCAUUUAUUGCUGCAGAAGUUAGGACUUAAGGGGAAAACACAGUUGCUCAGUUUAUGGACAAGAUUGCCUUAAGUUCUAGGUUUACAACAGCGAAUUUAGGUUUUUUAUUUAAAAAAAACCCAACACAACAAAUAGUCCCUGAGUACUUUAAAGUCUAACACAACAUGAGCAUUUGUGCGCUGCAGGUCAUUUAAUGUUCACAGUGCUGACCAGAAUUUCAGCCGUAUAUACAAUACAUGUGGUUAGACGGUAGGCUGUAGAUAUAGGCCAGAGGGAAAUUAAAUGCAGAAAUGUACUAGCCACUCACCACAUGGCUGUCAAAAACACAAAAAUCCUGGUACUAGAUUAGCCAUUUGACACAUGUAGCAUAUAUAAAACAAUCCAUUACCCUGUUUCAGAUUUCUAUAAUAGCCUCAAAGUACUUCAUGAAUUGUAACUUUUAGUGCCAGAGAGUUUGUGUUGUCAGUAACAGUGUGAUGGAUGCAGAAUGUAGAGAGAUCUUACAGCACUAACCGAAAGAAAGAAGUUGACAGCAUGAGCUUUUGUAGAAUUCACUCCACUUCCUCAGAUGCAUUUGGUGGUUUGAUGGAGUGCUAUUGUUAAUAAUACAACUAACUCAGAAAUUUGCUUCCUGCAUUUUUCAAACUUGACUUUGACCUCAUUGCCUAAAUCCCACUAUGUACUGUAUAUAUAGCUGUCCAUUUGAGAUAUUUGAUGUGGACUGUAGUCUACCAGGAUUGAAUUUGAGGUAAAUCUGUUGGUCUUUGGGGUGUUCUUUUUCUCUCUGAUCGCCCAAAGAGAGGCCAGUACAUUUUUUUUCCUUUGGUAACUGUGACAUGAAGACACAAAAACAUUAAGUAUGUAGAGAACAACAUUGCAGCUAUUACUUUUACAUAAUAAAUUAUUAUUAUUUAAAUGUAGGGAAUGGUUCUCUAUGUUUAAAUCAUGGAACCAUACAGCAGCACUUUCAGCCAACUAAAUGACACAAUCCAGAACAGUUUCCUUGCCUAGAUUUUAGUGAGGACUGGACUUUCAGGGAGCAUGAGAUUAUUUAUUAGUAGUAGUAGUAGUAGUAGUAGUGGCGGUGGUGGUAGUAUGUAUAUUUGUAUCCUACUUUCCCCAAAACUCGGACACAAAUUAAAACAAUGCAAUUGAAAACAUACAAAAGUACACAUUAAAAUAGAAUUAAACUAGUACAAUAUUAAAACCUCACUCAUUAAAAG